AUGGUGGCCAUUGAGCUUGUGAUUGGGGUGCUGUGCGGCUCCUUCGCCUUGCUGGCGGUCGUGGCCGCGGGCGUUCUGCUCAUCUGCUACUACUGCAAGUGGAAACCCGAGUUAUUCAGCGCUGAAGGGGAGGAGGUGCACGGGGUGCCGCUGCAGUCGCGGGUCCCGCACCUCACAGAGGAGCAGCGGCGCAUCCACCAGAUGCAGCUGCGUCGCGCACAGAGGUGGUGGCGACAGCAGCAGCAGCAGGACGGUAAUGGCGGGGGGAGUGGAUGCGAUGGCACAGUCGUGCCGCCGAUCCACCACACGCAGGGUAGUAUCUCGUGGCGUUUGAGCCGCCGAAACAGCGUCGAAAGCGAGACGACUGCGACGGUUGCCAAUUCCAGCGUAGCGUACGGGAGAGGGGUGUACCUGACGCUGGGUGGCGCAGCGGAGCCGCAGUCCCCGUACAGUGGGCUGUUGGACGGCGGCACAAGGAGCCACGGCUGCAGCUACUCAUCGCAGGGCCACCGCACACCUCGGCGGCAGAUCCGCAGAGACUCCAACCCCGAUGAUAGAAACGCCUGCAGCAGUCCCGUUGGUGGGUGGACGGACUCCUACAACAGCAGCGGCGCGAGCGGGGACGAGGCACCCAACGCGCCGGAGAAGUACGCUGAAGUGUUUGUUGAGUUGCCGCGGCACGAGCGGCAGAAUCCCACCCGACGGUCGUUGUUUGAGCAUAGCAUCGCCGUGAGUGAGUUCCUCGCGGAGCCCCUGGAGGAGGGGAGUCACGAGCCGUAUGAGCACUAG